GUUUGUUCGGCUUUGGGUGUCAGCCGCUUUGUAGUUUUGCGUGAUAAUUAUAGAAAUAAUCAGUGCUAUCGUUGUAAAAGUGAAUAGAAAAUGGUUUAAUAAUUGUGCGAUGACUUUAUUGUCGCGUUAUUGCGCGUAAUAUACGUAAAAUCGAGGUGCUUCCGCCAUGACAAUGGGUAGCACCGUCGGGAAGUAUCCCGCGGCACUUGUUCUAUAUUUUCUGUGUAUGGGACUAUGGUAUCCAAUUUUAGCUCAAGAUGAAGUGAAGAUAAUUGAUUUAUCCCCAUGGAAGGCUAAUUUGCACAAUACAUCCGAAGUCACCUGCACUGUUGCCCCGGAGAAUGCUGAAAUUUCAUGGAUGUUCCAAGCUAAACCCUUAGUACCCAACAAUAGAACUAAUGCUACCACCAGCAAAAAGGAUUCAACAGAAGGUGAACGAUAUAUCCUAUCCAUAUUGUCAAUAAAAGAUACGAAUUCAGAGGAUGCCGGCAACUACACGUGUGUUGCUAAAGUUGGUAGCGCUGAAGACUCCAAGGUGGCCAACUUAGACCUGAGCUUCCCUGCACGACUGGUCAAUACGACGAGCAGUCCUAUCAGGGAGAAUGUCACCAAUCAUGCUAAUAUAACCCUGGAGUGCGUCUUUGAAGCUUACAAUCCUGGUGAAGUGCGAUGGUGGACGAGAACGAAAGACAAUGUAAAAUUACUCUCAGAAACAAACAACACAAGGAGGAUAGGAGGCGACCUGAUAAAGAGUACCUACGUACUCCACAUCUAUGGUAUUGAAGACAAUGGGACAUACGCGUGUGAGUUAGACGACCUCGUAUCCUCCACAAUCGUAUCAGGAAAGAUAGACGUUCUUCUCACAGCGAAACCUCAAAUUAUAAUAGAAAAUGUCAUUCCUAUAAACACUACACAUGUUUACAUCAAUUGGACUGUCCAUGCAUUCAAUUCGCCUAUCAAGGAGUACCGACUGAUGUACCUUAAUGAGAAGAACAUGGCGGCAGGCUUUCGCCACUACACAGUGCCACCGAAGAUCGAUGCAGCAAACACGUCCUUUCUGUUAGGUGGCUUAGAGAAAGGAACGACGUAUACGUUCAAAAUGCAAGUGGUGACAGAGUACGAUGAAAGCAACCGGGACAGUCCUGAGAGUCUCUACCAUAAUGUGACAAUGUUAUCCGAGGAUCCGGUUUUUGUACCAAACAUAUCUAUCAACGGGUUUUCGGCUACAUCAGUGACGAUUGGAUGGGCCCCACCGCCGGAUGAUAUAGCUGAUUUAAUACAUUAUUACAUACUAGAGGCACAGAAGAAGGAUAAUGGUACGAUUAAUUUGCGAGCCUGUCACGAACGUAAUGGAAAGAAUCUGCCGUAUAUGUUUGAUAAUUUGGAGCCACACAGCACUUAUGUGUUUAAGGUACAAGCCUGUUCAGAUUAUUCGAACUCAUGCGGCAACUGGUCGGAGAAGAUGGAGGCUGCUACUCUUGAUGGAGUGCCUGGAGUUCCAAGUAAUGUGGUCGCGAAGUGCAGUGUCGAUUUCCUCAACCUCACUUGGAGCGCCCCUCUGAAGCCUAAUGCUGAAAUCAAAGGAUAUACUAUGGAAAUAACUGGCAACAUGACCUACAAGGACCGUUUUGGAGUCGAGAGAGUAGCUACGUGGGGCCCACUUUCUAAAUUCAUGACCAAUGUUACAAAUAAUACUGGAGUGAACGACCUACCUCCGAACACUCGCUUCAUGAUCCGCUUGAGUGCAGUGACGCGCACGCGGCGACGCGGCGAAGAGAACGUCACUUUUUGUCACACUCUGCCGGCCCCGCCUGACUCACCACCGCGACCAAGAUGGCGGAAGAUCCUAGAAAAUGGCACAUACAUGUUCAAAAUGUAUUUACCUAGAAUGUCGGAAAGAAAUGGACCUAUAUGCUGUUACAGGGUGUACAUGGUCCGGUUGCCUACAGGCAAUAUAGAUUGGAAGAGAUUGCCUUCCCCGCGCGAUAUUGACGUACUUGAAUACAAAGAUUCCCAAACAAAGCUAGGCGCUUACGUCGCUGAUGUUUUCUCAAAUGACAAAUUCACCCGGGACAACAUUGAAUUGGUGUUAGGAGAUGACAAGGUGAUCUUCGACAAGCAAACUGAUCCGACGCUAAACCAGGAUAGGUGUCGCCGUUGCCUCAAGAGGCCGAAGAGGGUUCAUCAUGAGCCAACCCCAGCGCCUAUAACCACCACAACCUUGGAUGAUUUUGAGGCAGACCUGAUGGAUUUUGCAGAAGGCACCGAUGAUCCGAUUGAACGGGACAACUCUGACAGGAUAUCCAGACGGUCUCCUGAUAAUAUUGAUUUCAGCAACAAUCCAACGAUGUUGAACAAACAGGAAGACGACUCUGAAAUCCGAGUGAGAGACGGCCCCCUCGAUCCUACCGCCAACUAUACGCUGUUUGUGGAAUUAAUAUCGAGUUCGGACCCGGACGAGGCAUUGUUCAGUGAGUACACGUCGCUCCUAAUGCCGGCCGCCAGUCCGCCUGUACCCGUCCCGUCCACUGCACUCGAGAUCGCUUUACAGAUAACAUGCGCAGUGGCGGCCGUGAUCCUGCUCCUGAUGAUAGUAUUCUGCAUCAUGCAAACGCGACGCACGCGCAAGAUGCCAGCGCACGUACAGAUCGACAAUCCCUUCUCUUAUGCGCUCAGAUACUGGGACAGUAUCCGCGGCCGCCAGCCCCUGGUGUCCACGGUUCCGCCCGACAUACCCCCCAUACCGAAGGACGAGCUAGCUGCUGCAUAUGCGCAGCGACAAGUCGACUCAGACUACGGGUUCCAGAAGGAAUUUGAAUUGUUGCAGAUGCUACCAGAAUGCUUCCCUGACCGGACGACGCACGCUUCCGAAGCCCGAGAGAACCAGCCUAAGAACAGAUAUCCUGACAUUAAGGCCUAUGACCAGACCAGGGUGAAAUUAUCCCAAAUUGAUGGCAUCACUGGAUCCGAUUAUAUCAACGCGAACUAUGUUAUGGGAUACCAGGAACGCAAACAGUUCAUCUGCGCCCAAGGUCCGACAGACACCACAGUCAACGACUUCUGGCGCAUGAUAUGGGAACAUGGCUUGGAGCUGAUCGUGAUGUUGACCAACCUUGAAGAGUAUUCCAAGGUCAAGUGCUCUAAAUACUGGCCUGAGGAGAGAUCCUCUAGGGCUUUUGGAGGUAUCACUGUGCAUCAUAUUGGUGAAAAGAGAUAUUCGGACUACAUCGUACGAGAAUUGAAGAUCACCAAACAGCCACUCACGGCUGAUGGUCAACCGAUCGUUGAAAACAAUGGCAUCGCCAAGAGGAAUGGAGAUAUAAAAGAAGCAUCCGAGUCGAGUGCCCCGACGUCCCCUCGCGAGGUGAAGGAGAGCGGCGAGUGUCGCAUCGUGCGCCAAUACCACUUCCUCAUGUGGAAGGACUUUGCAGCCCCUGAACAUCCACAUUCCAUACUCAAGUUUAUUAAGAGAGUAAACGAAGCAUGGACAAGUAUGGUGGGUCGUCCGGUGGUAGUCCACUGCAGUGCCGGCGUGGGUCGCACUGGUACGCUAGUGGCGCUGGACUGUCUACUGGAACAACUGCGGGCCACUGGGCAAGUGUCCGUCUUCAACACCGUCGCCGAACUCAGGAGGCAGAGGAACUUCUUGGUGCAGUCGCUGAAACAAUACGUGUUCGUAUACCGCGCCUUAGUGGAAUACGCUCACUACGGCGACACGGAGAUCCCCGCCUCACGCCUCAAGCCCGCCGUGGACAGACUGCGCAACACUCCCGACCAUGCUGAUAAAUGUCUUAUGGAAGUCGAAUUCGAGAAAAUGCUGAACAGUCCAGUAGCGGAACCUCUGAAGUCUAUGGGCGCCGGCGCAGGCGAGGAGCUGCGCGCGCGCAACCGAAGUCCUGACUGCCUGCCCUACGACAGGAACCGGGUCAUACUCACUCCUAUACCCGGCAGGGAUUUCUCUACGUACAUCAACGCAUCGUUUAUUGAAGCCUACGACAACUCGGAAGGUUUCAUAAUAACGCAGGAUCCGCUACCGAACACGAUCAUGGACUUCUGGAGGAUGGUGUCAGAACACAAUGUCACCACAAUCGUCAUGCUCAGCGAGCUUGGCGAAGGUAAAUGUCCGCGGUACUGGGACGAUGGUACAGUCCAGUAUGAACACAUCUCAGUGCAGUAUGAGGAGAGCGAAUCCUGUCCCUAUUACACCAGGAGACAGUUUAGGGUAACGAAUGAUAAGAGCGGCGAGGUGGUGUUGGUCCGUCACCUGCAGUACCAGGGCUGGCCGACGGCGCGCGGCCACGUGCCGGAGGUGACGCGCGGCCUGGCAGACCUCGCCGACGCCGCCGCGCCCGCCCUCGCGCCCACCAUGCUCGUGCACUGCCAAUUUGGUACGGAGCGAUCCCCCCUAUUCGUGGCGCUAUGCACGCUAAUCCGCGCGCUGCGCGUGGAGCGGCGCGUCGACGUCAGCGCCACCGCGCGCGCCGUACGUACCCAGCGGGCACGCACCAUCGAUACCUUCUUACAAUACGAAUUCCUGUACCGUGCCAUACUCAACUACGCGGAACUACACAAUCUACUAGAGGACAGUUAAGCGAUACCUCAAUAUUCCCUAAAUCUCUAAUCCUAGUACCGUCCUAAGGCUGACCCUUAGGACUCCGCCUUUUAAAGGUCCUGUGAAUAAUUUAAACUGACCUUUUACCUCCGGCACUGCCUAAUUUAUAGAGCUCUUUUGUAUAUUAAAACUAGAUUUUUUAAUAGUUGUCCUUCUCGGUAAUUGCAACUUUAUUCAUUCAAAAUUCCAAUUACAUAGGAUAGGUAAAUUCAGCUUAAAGAGGUUACAAAUAUUUUGAUUAAGAUGAAAGUAUAAAAAAUCCCUGGCUUUUCAUAUGCUUACAUUGAUUUAUGACCGUUUUUGAAGCAUAUUCUUUCUUUUUUUCAAUUCUGUUCGUUUAAUGUUUUCGUCUUCUUACUAAAAGGCUUUUAUCGUUGUUUCUAGGUAAAUAGGUAAAAAACAUGAUAAUUAAGAGGAUAUUUGUUUUUCAGUAUUGACAAAGUAACAAAAAAGAGGCUACUGAAAUUUUCUUUUAUUUAUUAUUAGGUUGUCCCGUCUGGUUUUGUAUGAAAGAGCUCUAAUUGUAGAUAUUACCUUUGGAAUGUACUGUACGCCUAUACGUUGUCAGGCGCUUUACGUAUUGAAGUGUCUUCGUAUUUUAUAAAUGGCAUGGACUUUAAGGCCUAUAACCAUAUUCACGAUAUGGUACAAUCUCUCCCCGCCACCCUAGCGGACUAUCGAACAAUACAUACAGUUUAAGACUAAUUUUUAAGUAUACAUUUUGUAUAUUUGGUGUUUUAUUAUUUGUUUAAUUUACAGAUUUAUAAGACCUUUUAGUUGACGGCGAUUGAUCAAUCGUUAAUAUGUAUGCAGAAGAUUUAUCAAUCAUGUGUAAUAGGAAUGUUAUGUAUACGGUAUUUCGGAUCUCAAUUUAGAUAAAAAAUUAUAUCAGUUAUAGAUAUUUGAUUGAAGAAAAAUUAUCAAAACGAACUAAUAACGAUAGAGGUUUUGUUUUGACAAGAAACAAUAAUCAAACUUUAAAAUUAACGUUGCAUGUAGACUGUUUAGGCUUGGCUCUUAUCCGUAUGCGGUUAGGGAUAUAAUUUUAUUUCCAAUAAAUGAUAGGAUUAUUGAGAUUACGAAACUCCAUAAUUCAGUACAAAGUCCCUGGUUAAUCAGUAUACAAAUGAUUGACCAAUCGCGUGUAUUAAUAAAUUUAAGAUUGAUCAAUCGUUGUUACUAAUCGUGGAAGGUUAUUGACCUAUCUAAUAUUAUGUUUAUAUUGGAUAUAGUAUGAUGUUUACCCUAUACUGCUCACCGUAGGUGCUUUUUAUACAUUUUGGACAAGUUUAUCUUGUAAACGAAUUUAUAUGUAUUAUUUUAAAAGUUUUUUGCAUUAGCAUGGAAACUGUUAUGUGAAAAUAAAUGAAUUUUAAUAAUUAGAAUGUGGGAAUGUCGAUAAAUUAACGCACAAUUUUGGAGUAGAUUUGUUUUAGGGUUUGAAGUUGUAAAACAUCAUAACGCGUGCAGCGUAAAUAUGAAUGAUGGCGUUUAAAUUCUUAUAACAAUUUCUAUGCUAAUGUAACUAAGGUUGAAAUUUAAUAAACGUUACUAUGGACAAGAUUCGGUAACAGAUUUUCUUUGAAAAAAAAAAUGACGUCAUUUAUGUCCUACCUCGGCGGCGUCUCUGACGAACUUAAGUCUUUAAGGCUGUAAUAUUACGAAAAAAAUUGUUGACCAUAAGAAAGGGCAAUUAUUUUACAAGAGGUCUUUAUUAUGACCAUAGAUUCUCUGUGUACCCUUUAUUAAUCAAUGAAGAGACCUUUACAAGGAAGAUGAAUAUUACCGGUUCAUGAACACAGUAACAUUUAUUAAAAUAAACCAAAUGUAUGUUAUGUUCAACUAUAAAUAUAAUGUUUUUACGUUAUUGCUUUACAAAUGUAUGUACAAAAGAUCAUCACUACCAUUUUGUUUUUAUCUCAAUAUAAUUUCGAAGUAUACUUAGUAGAUAGGUUUAUUAUAAAAGCUUCAGCUUCAACUAAUUUUUUAAUCAUCAAACAAGAUUUUUUAAUCGCAACUUGAACUCGUAAUCAAAAUAUAAAGUUUCUGAACAACUGUAUUGUAAGAAAAGAACUAGAAGUACAUAUUGUACAAUGAUCUUAAUCUAAACGUGGUACACAAGCGAAUUUGAAUUGUAUUUCUUAUGAAAUUAGGUCCAAAGUCGACAUAAUGAGACGCAGCUCUCCAUGUCAUGCUAUUUGGGUCUUUGAGGUACGAGUAUUCUGAGUUUAAAUUCGCUUGUCCCCAAAAAUUGUUCAGGAAUCUUAUAAGCUACAAUUCUACACACGCCCCUAGUGAUAGAUCUGUCGUUAUAACAAUAUUACUGUAUUAUUUUAUGUAAUAAUUAUUAUUAAUUGUAAUUUUAUUAUUAUUAUUAUUUUUGGUAUAAAUCGUACCAAAAUGAAAUCGUGUCCAAAGACGUAUAAGAAAUAAAAAAAAAUAUCAAGGCAUAAAUGUGAAGUGGAAACUACGUAUUUAUUUGUUAAAUUAAAAAUAGGAGGCCAUAUUUAAAUGCAUUUUUAAAGGUUUUAAGUUACUUUUGAGAUGAUAAGGUUUUUAAAAAACCUCAAUUUGAUGAUUCGAGGCCAAAAUGACGAUACCCCAAGCUAGCACAAAUUUUUAAAACAAAUGAGGUGUAUGAACUUUUGAUGUGACGUAUCGUGUGUUUAAAAUAAUCAUUUGUGUGUGUUUACAACAAAAA